AAAAGGUGUGAUUUGACUUGUUCCAAAAUUUUGAUUUAAAUUAUUCAUCGUAAAUGACAAAUCUUGAAUAGCAGAUAUAAAAGCUUCUUCAGACAUGAUAUUUCGCGUUGUGUUUGUGGCAAUGUCAAGACAAAAACUUACCAAGAGAGGAUAUAGAUGAUCCAAAAUUUUCCCUUGGCAACUUGAACACGUUCGAGAUAAGCGGUAGCUGAUAGAUAAAACAAAUCAAAUCGUCGUGUUAUACACAGAUUGCCAUCCUUGAUUAUAGAAGUAUACAUGUAAUAGUCCUCUCAGUCUACCGAACCUGCGGCGGUCAGACCAACGAUGAUGCGACGAAUGACUGUGAGUGUCAUUCAGAGCAGCAUGUCGUUGACCGUUGUAAAAAAGGCAGCUGUUCUUAUUAUUUUCCUCCAGACAGUGCACCUAGUACUUUGGUAUUCUUCAGUAAAAGGCAAACCCCGUGCUAUGUAUGAACAGAAUGGCAACAUCUCUGUAAACAUAUGUCCCCUUAUUCCGCAAGGCUUAGUUGGUAAAAUCAAUGUGGAGAAAAGUAACACAGACUGGUUGAAGAUAGAAAGCAAAUACACCAUGGUGUCGAAUGGCAGUCAUCAUCCCGAAAACUGCAGUGCAAGACACAAAGUAGCGAUUCUUGUACCAUUUCGAGAUCGGGAAAGCCACCUUAGAAUUUUUCUGAAUCACAUGCACGCCUUUCUAAUGAAACAGCAACUGGAAUAUGCAAUCUACGUUGUGGAGCUUGAUAAAGACAUACCAUUCAACAGAGGGUUUUUAUUCAACGUUGGGUUCAUGGAGGCAACCAAAGACAAGGAAUUUGGUUGCUUUGUGUUUCAUGAUGUCGAUCUCUUGCCUCUGAAUGAUCAAAACCUUUACCAAUGUCCAGACCAACCAAGACAUAUGUCUGUUGCUAUAGACAAGUACAAAUUUAAACUUCUGUAUGACGAAAACUUCGGAGGGGUGUCAUCGAUGUCAAAAGACCACUUUAAAACUAUUAAUGGUUACUCAAAUCUUUUCUUUGGAUGGGGAGGGGAAGAUGACGAUUUAUUUAAUAGGAUUGUUUCAAACAAGAUGAUAAUUACCAGAAUCCUGAGUAACAUAGCGUCAUAUACUAUGCUUCCUCAUAUCCAUGCAUCUGAAAAUCCUUUACGGUAUGAAGUUUUAACCACUGGUAAAAACGAAUCAACACAGAAUAAAGACGGAUUAAGCAAUUUAAAGUACCAUGUUACAGAGAAGAUAUACAGAAAAUUGUUUGUUCAUAUAAAAGUGACCAUAAAUAAAGCAGAUGCUAUUGAUCAGCUGAAAAGUCGUAUCAAAGAAUCAUCAAAACUGCAGAAACUCUUCAAUUUAUCGAAUUCAACGUUCAAAAAGAAAUUGAGAAAACACACCAGAUCAAGAAUAAAACAGAAUAAGUUUUGAAAUAAAGACGUUGGGUUUUUGUUUUAUCUUUUACCGA